UGUCCUUUUUAGACAAACGUCAUCUUUCGGAGAUCUCUCUCAAGUUUUGACGAUUUCACACAGGCUGCCCACGGCUCAUUUGACGUGGACAUCAGCUCGAAGAGGGGCCUGGACUUUCAUAUUCAUCUCUUAUCGCAACAUUAACCCCCGAAAAUGCCUGGACCAGCAGCAAGUGCAACUAAUGUCGGGGCCUCCAGCCGGUCCCCCAGCAAGACAGUCGCUCCCCGGGCAGCAGGCUCCACAGUCAGACAGAGGAAAGCAACCAGCAGCGGCACACGCAGCGCCGGCCGGACCACAGCUUCUGCAGGCACUGGAGGCAUGUGGCGCUUCUACACAGAGGACUCACCAGGACUCAAAGUUGGGCCGGUGCCGGUGCUGGUGAUGAGUCUGCUCUUCAUCGCCUCCGUCUUCAUGCUGCACAUCUGGGGGAAGUACACCCGCUCCUAAACUCCGCGCUGUGACCUCUGACCCUGCGCCUCGGCUUCUUAACUCAUUGGACCUGGACCAAAUAAUGAACAAACAACACCCUUACUCCUCCAGCCCCCUCCCCUCUACACUACGACACACACAGACAAGCAAACUGGGAUUUGCAUGGAAGCAUUUCAGUCGAUGAUGUUCAUCUGCACUGAUGUAGGUGUCCACUUGUUGCUUUUACUCCUCCUGUGUUUUUAAGAUCAGUUACAAUGAAGAAGAGGAACCCAUUCAGGCCCACCUCAGAUCUGGUGUGUGUGUGUGUGUGUGGCCUUCCUCCAAGCAGCAGCAGCAGCUUGUGUGUUCUCUCCACGGCUGCAUGCAGCUUCAGUGCAGAGUCUACAAGGACAUUGUUGUUUUCAGGCCCCCAGCGAAUAUCUCUUUUUCUAGCCUGCAUUUUUUUUGUUAACAGUAUUUGUACAAAAUUUAAUUGUAAUAUUGUACAAUAAAAGACUCAAAUAAAUGAUG